GGGAGGGAGGGUCAUAGAGAGAGAGGAAGAGGAGGGAGCUGUCGUUCAUUUUGCUCCUUUCUUACGCACCGGACCCUUCUCUUGCCUGGGCUCUCCUCAUACAGUUAGGGAUGUCUGCACCAGGUCUGCCUCCGCGUGAUGAAGCGGCGCUGAAAGAGCAGGAGCAGAUGAUGGAGUUCUUUAGGCAGAAGAUGAUGCUGCUGGGAGAGAAAGCUAUGCUGCAGAAGUCGGUGCGAGAAGAGAAGAAGCUGCUGGUGGAGAAUGGCAAACUGAAAGGGGAGAUUGAGCAGCUGAAGAAACAACUUCAGGAAAACCAGAGAAGAAAAGCAGCUAAGCUGAAGGCGUUAUCUGAGGCCCAGGCUGCCAGUCCUGCCAACCCAGAGCCUGCAGGGGGCGCCACAGCGCCACGGUCACCAUCACCAUCUGCCACGCCGGCUGCUAAAGCUCCCCCACGCAAGAACAAACCUCAGGGAGAGAGCGAGGGAAGGAGGAGGAAAGGGACCGGUAGGAAAUCGGGGGCGCAGGACUCAGAGCUUGGGAUCUGGCAGCUGGACCUGCGAGUCGGACGCAUCGUGUCGGCACGGCAACACCCAGAGGAAGAAUCUUUGUGUGUACAGGAAGUGGAUUUUGGAGAGGGACAGCCCAGGACAGCAGUCAGCGGAUUUCUCACAAGCGCUCCCACAGAACAGAUGAGUGAGAGGCUGUGUGUGUGUGUGUGUAAUGGCCGUGCCGUGCGUAUGAAGGGUGUGCUGUCCAAGGUGCAUGUUCUCUGUGUCGCUGACUACGCUCACCUGGAGAUGCUGAGCCCUCCUAGCUCCGCCCUGCCGGGAGACAGAGUCACCUUCAACAACUACCCAGGUGAACCGGAUCGUGAACUGAGCCCCCGUGUCUUUGGCCGUCUGCAGCCAGAUCUGUGCACGGAUGCGAGGGGUGUGGCCUGCUACAGGGGAGUGGCCUUUGAGGUGAAGGGGAAGGGCUUGUGCCGCGCUCCCAGUAUCUGCAACGGAUCCAUCCAAUAGCAUUGUGGAGACCAUCAUCAUCAUCCAAUAGCAUUGUGGAGACCAUCAUCAUCAUCCAAUAGCAUUGUGGAGACCAUCACCACGGGCGUGGCACUUUCUGCCAACAAGCCAAUAAAGUUUUGUCUCUUUUUU